CGCCUUCAUACACACACUUCUCACUCACGACGACCUGAAACAUUGCAUGGGUUGUUCCAUAGGCUAGAGGCUUUGGACACUCUCACGGCUUUUGUAACAUACAACAGGUUCCAGUCGCAACGUUUUCGACGGGGGACUCCGGCCGCUAGAAAAAUCCGCAUUCUACCGAAUCUUCGUUCCAUGACUCGGUUCGGCCGGUUAUAUAAAUCAUCAUGUUUUGGCGUUUUGGAGGAUAUGCGAGUAUCUCUAGCAUUGAUACCCUGCUAGACAAGCCCGAUGUCAGCCUGGAGGAGCUGCUGGAUGAGUCGGAACUGAUCCAGGAACUCAAGCAAAAUAAUACGAAGCUCAUAGAAUUCUUACGAGAGGAUAAUGUCUUGAAACGGCUUAUGGACUACGUGAUCGCCCCGUCGCUAGUGAAUGACGACGAUGAUGAAGACGAUGAUACCAAUGACAGCAAUGUCACCGAGUCGAACAAUGAUGCAUCGGCGGUGGAGGAGAAACACAAAGACCCGCUCAGGGAUAUGCUGGACCCGGAGGACCUGGAGCGGGCAGAGAAGGAUCGGUUGAAGCGGGCUUAUGUCGCCUGCGAAAUCCUGUCAUCCGAAAUCUGGUCGAUUGUGGAGUCGAUUAUGUUGAACCCCGAUCAUCUGAAGCACUUCUGGGGCUUUCUGAAGCGUCCUUCGUCCUUGGACUCGGUCCAGGCGAGUUACUUCACCAAAGUCAACGAGACGCUGUUUGACAAGAAGACGACCGAGAUGCUGGACCUGCUGAAGUCCAUGGAUGGCGUGGUUCCGGCCAUCCUCCGGCAUGUGGAUAACCCCAUGGUCAUGGAUCUGUUGUUGAAGAUUAUCAGCUUGGAGAAAGUUGAAGGUGGCCAAGGGAUUGUUGAUUGGCUGAGGUCCCAAAACCUCAUACCGACCUUGCUAUCGUUCUUGUCGCCGGAAUACCCUGCCUCCGUCCAAACUUCGGCAGGUGACUUCUUGAAAGCAAUAAUCACUAUUUCGGCAAAUGCAACGCAGAAUGACCAGUCCUGCAUCGGCCCCAAUAGUCUCACGCGGCAAUUAGUCUCCACAACCUGCAUAGAGACUUUGAUCAAAUCCAUGCUGAAGGGUGGAAAUCCACUGACGGUCGGUGUGGGUAUCAUUAUUGAGGUUAUUCGAAAGAAUAAUUCAGACUAUGAUCCGGAGAACAUCAAUGGGCCGGAAUCACCACCCACCACAUAUGAUCCAAUCUACCUUGGCAACCUCCUCCGACUUUUUGCCAAGCACAUACCCGACUUCAUGGCCUUGAUCAAGAGCUCCAAGCAUACGGUCAACGACGGCGGAAAAGUGAAGACAGUUGAAAGGGGAAAGCUGAACUCGGCAUGGGGCGCUAAAAUCGAGCCUCUGGGCUUCGAUAGAUUUAAGACCUGUGAGCUGAUGGCGGAACUGCUACACUGCAGUAACAUGGGUCUGUUGAAUGAGCCAGGAAGUGACGAGUACGUUCGACAGCGCGAUGCUGAGCGCGAAAGGCUCAUGCGUGAAGGUGCCUUCAACGCGCACAGAGAGGAGACGUCCGCCUUUGAUGGCAAUGACUCUACUGUGGACUUCGUGAACGGAUCUGUUAUUGGUUACGGCUCACCAGAAGGUUCGAGGGUUCUUGAAGUUGCCAACACCGGCGAGGAGAGCUUUGAGGAUGUCAGCGCAUCCGGCGUCCUCGUUGACAAAGAGAAGGAUGCGGGGGUCAGGGAAGCGAACCAUCCCAGCCCUAAGUCCGAGCCUGAAGCUGUUUCACACGGCUCUUCUGAAUCUGCUGAUGUCACAGACCCGACUGCGAUUGAGGCACCUGAAAGCAAGACAGAAGGUUCUACCAGGGCGCCUCCCACUGGGACUGAUACUACGUCUGGCUUAGCAGAUCAAAUUCAGGAAGUUAGCCUCGACGGUGGGCAGCCCGCCAAGCCGGAUGAAUCGUCUGCUGAGACUACUACCGAGCCAGCCAGUCAGACGCAGCCCACUCCUGAAGCGGUACCUGCCCCCGAUCAAGAUAAUCAGCCACCCAGCUCUUCCUCGCCUGAUACUGCUGGCCAGGUCGGCGAUACUUCUUCUUCACAGCAACCACUGCACCCUGACAUUCAGGUUGAUUCUAAUGGGCAGCCUGUGGUUGGCGAUUAUCUUAAGAUUAUGUUCGUAGAAAACCAGGUUGUUCCCACCAUCUUGGAUUUCUUUUUCCGGUUUCCGUGGAACAACUUCCUUCAUAACGUCGUCUACGACGUCGUACAGCAAGUUUUCAAUGGCCCAAUGGAACGUGGUUACAACCGGAUGCUGGCUGUUGAUGUGUUCGAGACAGGACGGAUAACGCAGAGCAUUGUCGACGGACAGAAGAGAAGUGACGAAACCCAGCGCACAAGACGGAUCCGCCUGGGCUACAUGGGUCAUCUCACAUUGAUCGCUGAGGAGGUCGUCAAGUUCAGCGAACGCCACCCACCGGAGCUGCUUUCACCGACUGUGAUGGAGAGUGUCCUCAACCCUGAGUGGAUUGAGUAUGUCGAGCAAACGCUCUCCGAGACAAGGGAACGUGACAAUGCAAUUCUCGGUGGCGUACGGCCGGACAUGUCCAUUGGACAUCGCCAAGGCAUGAUCAAUUCAGGCCAGAGCGCCAAUGCUUCAUCGGCGCUUGCAGAUGCAGGGCUUAAUGGCUCUUCGGGAAAUUCUGGCUUUCAAGGUUUUGACAUGAUGAACCAAGGAAGCGUAUCCGGCGGGGCAUUCGGACUUGCUGGGAAUUCUCUCCUGAGCGGGUUCGCCAGCUCGAGUGAUGAUGAAGACGAGGAAAUGGAAGAUCAGGACGAUAGAAACCUGGCCGAUCAAUCCGCCGAAGCCGGAUCAGACAAUGUGGGUGAUCACGAUUUCACAGAUAUCGAUAUGCGCGAUGCUUGAACCUCCCUCAACAUAUUGCCGAGGCGAUUCGUAUCGACUCAGGCUGCCCCAUCUAUAUCCGUCCUCGCGAACCUUUUCUUUCGAAUCCCUUGACUAUUUCGCUCCCAACUCGGGCCGCUGGAAGUUUAGACACAUGAUGGAUGACGGGAGUGGUACGGG